GCUCUCUUCCGUUUAACACAUUACCCAUAGAAAUAUUACUGUGAUUUAUAGAAAACAUGGAAUUUACUUAUCCCACAAUACAAGAUGGAAGACAGUGUGCGUCAAUACGCUUUUCGUUUACUUAUUUUUUCCCCGAUAAGCUUGCAUUCGGACUUCUUCAAUUGUAAUCUAGGGAGACAAAGACGGUCAGGGAAAACGGAAUGGAGUUCCGGAGUAAACCGACACCUCAAUCCUAAAUAUAGACUUACAUCCUUGCUUAUAUUCUUAUUUAAUCUUCCCUACAAGUUUGAAUUACAAAUUGCUCGUGUUUAG